GACUUGGCUCUGGCGCUUCCCAGUGUCGGGCACAAGUGUUCUUCGCUGUGGAGAUAAGACUAGUCCAUACCUCAAGGAGCUCUUGGCGGUUUAAGGGAGAUGAAUGUGCAAAGGGAUGAGCAGCAGCCACACUGGAAGUCACGUAGGCGCUUGUGGGCAAGAAGCCAGAGGUCAGCUCGGACUUUGUACACAGGACAUGGCGACAGGGCCCUGCCGGGAAGUGCAGGGUCGAGGUCAGAUGUCCAGGGCCUGUCACUGCCGCCGCUGUUGCCAUGCUGAACCCCAGGACGGCCUCCCUCUUGACUCUGCUGCUGGCCAUCGGCUCCUUGGGUCAGAGGGCUCAGAGACCCCCUCGGCCCCCGUCCCCCAUCAGCACCAUCCGGCCCAAGGCCAACUUCGACGCUCAGCAGUUUUCAGGGACCUGGUUCCUUGUGGCCGUGGCCUCUUCGUGCCGCUCCCUGCAGGAGCAGGGCCACCGCGCUGAGGCCACCACACUGCACGUGACUCCUCAGGGCGCAGCCAUGGCUGUUAGCACCUUCCGAAAGCUGGAUGGGAUCUGCUGGCAGGUGAGGCAGCUCUACGGUGACACGGAGCUCCCAGGUCGCUUCCUGCUCCGAGCCCGAGGCGCCCGAGGGGCGGUGGACGUGGUCGUCGGGGAGACGGACUACCGCGGCUUCGCCAUCCUGUACCUCGAGCGGGCGCGGCAGCUGUCGGUGAAGCUGUACGCCCGCUCGCUCCCCGUGAGCGAAUCAUUCCUGAGUGUGUUUGAGCAGCGGGUCCAGGGUGCCAACCUGACCGAGGACCACACCCUGUUCUUCCCCAAGUAUGGUUUCUGCGAGACCGCGGACCAGUUUCACGUCCUGGACGGUGAGCGGGCAGCGCCGGCGGGGCGGUGUGGCAGGGGGCUGGCAGCCCGUGGCCCCGUCCUGGUUGAGUCUUGUCUGUGCUGCAGAAGUGAGGAGGUGAGGCCGGCGGCAGCCUUGCACCGAGAAGCAGCCAAGGCCCUGGAGGAGGCGGCACCCGCCGCCCCCCUUGCUGAGUGGGGGACGCUCUCCCGCCGCCCCCGAAGCGGCACCUCUCCCUGAGGAGCUCGGGGCGCCGCCUUCA